GAAGACCCACUACCUUGUCUGAGACAAUGGGGAAAGUAGAUAUAUGGCUCAUUAGAACUUACUGGGAUGUGGAAUUUCCUCGCCCAAUGUUACCAAAUUUUGAUUUUGUUGGAGGACUCCACUGCAAACCUGCCAGACCUCUACCUAAGGAAAUGGAAGACUUUGUCCAGAGCUCUGAAGAAAAUGGUGUUGUAGUGUUUUCUCUUGGGUCAAUGAUCAGCAACAUGACAGAAGAAAGGGCCAACAUGAUUGCAUCAGCCUUUGCACAGAUCCCACAAAAGGUUGUAUGGAGAUAUGAUGGCAAGAAACCUGACACCUUAGGGCCAAAUACUCAGCUGUACAAGUGGAUCCCCCAAAAUGACCUUCUUGGUCAUCCAAAAACCAAAGCUUUCAUAACUCAUGGUGGAACCAAUGGUAUCUAUGAGGCAAUCUAUCAUGGGAUCCCUAUGGUGGGCAUUCCUUUAUUUGCGGAUCAGUAUGAUAACAUUGUUCAUAUGCAGGCCAAGGGAGCAGCUGUUAGAGUGGACUUUACCACCAUGUCAAGUACAGACCUUCUCAAUGCAUUGAAGACAGUCAUUGAUGACCCUUCGUGA